AUGUGGAGAACCAUGUGUUCGUCGCCUGAAUGUGCUCUGUUCGCAGGUCAUUCUUCGCCACAUUCAUCAUUCCUCCCUUGCGAGCGUGAUGGUUGCAUUUUCUCCAGAGGACAUUCUUAUGAUCACAUCAUACCAAAUGCGACAGCGCGCGAGAUUUCUGAACUCGCCACUGAUAACGCUGUGGCUGUGAUGGAAGACAUGGCGAAAUUGAAUCGAAAGGUUCUCAGGGCAAUGUCGCAUCAAGACAACUCGCGAGUGAAUAAAAUCCUGUUAAGCCAGUUUCUGCUGUCACUGGGUUACGGUAUGGAUGAUAAACUCCAAACCAUUCGUCUCGAGACUGCUGGGCGCGAGUUAAGGGCGACAAUUCGACGCCAGGAACGAUCUCAGCGACUAGAAAGGGAAGCUACGGAAGCCCUGUCUGCCAGUACGCCAUUCGCCCUUAAGAUGGAAGCGAUCAAGAAAGGAUUGUUUGAUCAAAGGGCAAAGAGAGAACGUGUAACUUCGAAGACAGACAAGCCCUUGGCUGCUGAGCCACGAUCAGCUGCCCUGUCCCCGGGACUUCAAAACCCAACUGGUCCCGCCCUAAAGGCUGAUGGUGAAGUCAAAGGGUCCUCGAUUUAUGAGAAUUUGGACUUUUCCAAUCUCGAGAUUCGUCUUUUUCAACUUUAUCCAUCUCAUGGAUCGGACAACAUCCGAGGGACUUUUUGCUAUACUGAUAUGUCGUCCUGCCCAGACUAUACAGCGCUGUCAUACACUUGGGGAGACGAUACAAAUCUUCGACAGAUCUACUUGAAAAACGGAACUGCACUUGACAUCCGAGAGAAUCUAUGGCAUUUCCUCCGCGGUCAAAGUAUGCUCAUCAGCCGGCCCAAACUGUUCUGGAUUGAUGCUAUAUGUAUUAACCAAAGCAACAUCCACGAACGAAACCAUCAGGUCAACUUGAUGAGGCGGAUAUAUGCCCAGGCUAAACAUGUAUAUAUAUGGCUCGGGCAAGAUGUUGAUGACAGUGAUCUAGCAAUGGCCUUCCUUGAUUCUUGUUCGAAACAGAAACUCAAACGCCGAGGAUUAGGAUAUCGCAGUCCAUGGUCCAGGCAAGAAGGAAGAGCGUUGACGCAUCUAUUCAAUCAACCCUAUUGGCGAAGGAUGUGGAUCAUUCAAGAGAUCAUAUAUGCCCAAGACAUCACCAUCUGGUGUGGCAGUAGAAGCUGCGAAUGGAGUGCUGCCGAAAGCCUCUAUCUAAAGAUGAAGUCUUUGGAGGAUGAAAAUUGGCAGACACACCAUGAAUAUGUUGUUCAGGUGCUACAGAGCUCUGCCGCUGUUAUGAUAUGGCAGCGUGCCCAUUGGCGACAUCCAGAUACCACAGCACCGUCGUUGUUGACAUUGAUCAACAUAUUUCAGGAUUGGCAAUGUUCCGAUAUUCGAGAUAAAGUCUACUCCUUGAUCGGGAUGGCCAGCAAAGAUACAGCCGUCACGCCUGACUACUCACUAUCAGCUCAUCAACUGUACCAUGAUGUGAUCGACAAGAGUAGUGGACCGAGGUCUUGUGGUGUGCUUUCUCAGAUUCUAGGAAUUCCUGCUGACGAAUUAGACAUACAUAAACCAGACUUGUAUGAUCCCCCAUCUUGA